AUGCGGGAGAUUGUAUUUCGCGAAUUCAGUACAGUCCGGUGGAACAUGUGUCUGGCGGAAAUGAAACGCUUGAACGACUACGGACUAUCUCCAGAGAGUCAACCUACGUUUAUGCAGCGUACAGAAAAUAUGGUGGGUCUGCAGGGGGACUCGAAGGGCUACGGUAGACCACGCCGAGAAGAAGAGAAUCGGACCCGCGAAGCGGGAUUUGGACCCACAGUGCAUCGCAAAAGGGUGCAGGGAUGGUGUCAGAGAGGACAAUCGGGAUUGGUAGGGCCGCAU